AACAAAACGAAACGGAGGCUGUUUUCGCUCGCCGUGCGAAGCAAUCCGCGGCGGCGGCGAUGGCGACGACGGCGGCGGCGGACGGGCCCCCGGUAGAGCCGCAGUCCCUGAAGAAGCUGAGCCUCCGGUCGCUGAAACGGUCCCUGGACCUCUUCGCGCCCGCGCACGCCCUCCUCUUCACGCCCGAUGCCGAGAGCAAGAGGAUUCGUACCGGGUGUAAGGUGAGGGCGGAGUACGGCGCGGUGAAGGACCUGCCGCCCGAGCAAGGGCGCGGAGGGCAGGGCAAGGGUUCUGCGCCGACGUCGUCGACGGCGUUGGCACUGCCAGGAACACAGGAUACAAAAGAUGGUCACAGAGAAGGCACUAGUAAUGCCAUUGUCCCUGUGCCACUUAUGCUGCCAAAAGCACCUGAGUCUACCAUACCUGGCAAAAAUACAACUAUGUCAAUUCCUGGAUCAUCUGACAGAUUUUCUACAUCUGCACUGAUGGAAAGGAUACCUAGUAGAUGGCCACGGCCUACAUGGCAUGCUCCUUGGAAGAACUAUCGGGUCAUCAGUGGUCACUUGGGAUGGGUUCGAUCUAUUGCAUUUGAUCCAGGGAAUGAAUGGUUCUGCACUGGUUCUGCUGAUAGGACAAUAAAGAUAUGGGAUCUUGCAUCAGGAACCCUGAAGCUUACACUGACUGGUCACAUUGAACAAAUUCGUGGACUUGCUGUCAGCCAACGUCACACUUAUUUAUUUUCUGCUGGUGAUGACAAACAAGUAAAAUGUUGGGAUCUUGAACAAAACAAGGUUAUUAGGUCAUACCAUGGGCAUCUGAGUGGUGUUUACUGCCUAGCUCUCCAUCCAACAAUUGAUAUCUUACUGACUGGUGGUCGAGAUUCAGUUUGCAGGGUGUGGGACAUCAGAACAAAAGCACAUGUUUCUGCUUUAACAGGGCAUGACAACACUGUCUGUUCAGUGUUUGCUCGGCCUACGGAUCCUCAAGUUGUCACUGGUUCACAUGAUACAACUAUUAAAUUCUGGGAUCUUGUAGCUGGGAGGACUAUGUGUACUCUUACACACCAUAAAAAGUCUGUCCGAGCUAUGGCACUUCAUCCAAAGGAGAAAGCAUUUGCAUCAGCGUCAGCAGACAACAUAAAGAAGUUUAGCCUUCCCAGAGGCGAAUUUCUGCACAACAUGCUGUCGCAGCAGAAAACAAUUAUCAAUUCAAUGGCUGUCAAUGAGGAUGGUGUCUUGGCAACUGGAGGGGAUAAUGGAAGCCUGUGGUUUUGGGACUGGAAGAGUGGCCAUAACUUUCAACAAGAUCAGACUAUAGUCCAGCCUGGAUCACUGGAGAGCGAGGCAUGCAUAUAUGCCCUGGCCUAUGACGCCAGUGGAUCAAGGCUUGUGACCUGCGAGGCGGAUAAGACCAUAAAGAUGUGGAAGGAGGACUUAACAGCGACGCCAGAGACUCAUCCCAUCAAUUUCAAGCCCCCAAAGGACAUCCGAAGAUAUUGAUCAACACUCAAAUCCCACAAGCUAGCAAACUAGUGGGGAUCGUUGGAGGCUUGGAGCCUCCCCAAUUGUGCCCGACCCCAACUCGCUGCUUCCCUGAGCCCAAUUGAAAUUCGCAGUACACGUUCACCUGUAUGCUAUUCCUGGGAAACACUGUAUGGAUGACUAGUUCAACAUUAGCUGUAUGAUAGGUGCAUAUGCAGCGAUGGGUGUAUUGAUGCCGAAUUUGAACCAGUUGACGUUGCCAAAUUCGUUUUGAGCAAGAAUUGAGUGUUUGUUUUGUACCACCAUCCGAGUGGCACUCUGGUGAUUGGAAUUCUUUUGCUUCGUUUCAUU